GUCGAUCCAACAGCAAACGCUCAAAUCGUAGAGAAGGGUCAUAGGGUUGAGAUGACGUGUUUCGUUCGUGAUUAUGUGCUUCCAAAAGCUCUUGUUAGUUGGUUCGCACAAGACGGUAGUAGAUACAAAAAUGUGUCAACUGGACCUAGAUUUGUUAUCAAUUCUUCUCAGCUUAAUGACACGGGAUUAUACUACUGUCGAGCAAUCAACAAUCCCACAAUGAGGUCUGCCACAAAAGCGUUCCACAUCACCGUUUACGAACCAGUUCGCUGCACUUCUUUGCGUCAAAGCGUCGUGACUGGUCCUAAACUGAAUAUGUCAGUUGAGAUAGUUUUAGAAGGCUCACCACUUCCUACUAAAUCUAACAUCAUUCCCGUUCGUCAGUGGUAUAUCAAGGAAAAUAGAAACAAUUCGUUUAUUGUUGUCACUAAAACAGUGGAUCAUCCCGUGGAAGCUAGCGGUCAGGAAUAUAUUCUGCUUACACAUCAAACUGUGCGCUCUGGUAUCAACAGUAGAAAUAUCAGCAGCAACUGCACCGUCAACAUAAGCAACGAAAUAUUAGACAAAUACCGUGAGUCACGAAACUUUUGUGUGACUCUACAAGCAAAUAUACAAAACUGUUUGUUCAAGCAAGUUGCUCCAGAGGCAGCAAAAUAUUUUGCAACGAUCUCCGCAGUUGUUCACGCAGGAAUAGGGUGUACUUGGCAAGGCUCCCUUCUCCAUGUUGUCACAUUUGAAUCAAAUUGUUCGUAUUUUAGAAUGUACACAACACUCACACCAUCUGUCGACUGUGAUGUCUCUCCCAAUGCCCUAUUAGAGCUAUUGCAAAGCUAGAGUUUAAAUCAGACUAACAGGGUAGAGAUUCGAAUGCCUAGAAGUUCAAAUCCAAUAUGGUAUUGCAAGAACAGAAUUAAUCAGACCAAAACAUUAGAGAUUCAAAGACCCAUAUCUUCAAAUCCUAUAUCAAAUUCAAGAUGGUCUUGCAACACCUCAAUGAAAGGGAGAGUGUGUUUUUUGUUUGUUUAUUGUCGGAAAGAGUCGAAGGAGAGUAGAAGAAGUGGUUUUCGAAAAUUUAAAGCACUCAUUGGCUGUCAAACAACCACCAAAUCUCCAAAGUUUACCAAGAAUUGUGAGAAGAAACAUACUAUUGCUUGGUUAGCAGUAGGAACUGAAUCAGUGGACAUUGGAUUAUUGUGCAUUUAAACAAUAUUGUAUGGGUGAAAUUCAUGUUAAAGUUGCAAGUAUAGCAACAUUCUAUUCUGUAGAAUUUGCUUGAGUAUAAACAAUAUGUUUAAAGUAACUCUACAUACAAUUCACUC